CGAUUUGGAGACUAGCUAGGGAAACCUUAGCCACCCGCCCCGCCCUCGGAGCCCGACUCUCUAAAGCCUGGGAUUAAGGGCCUGGAGGCUGGCACCACACCCUGGCCAGGUGUUCAUAACAGGACCAGGUGCGCAGCUGCCCCGCCCUGGUCCCUGGGAGCCCGAAUAAUGGCUGAGAAUCCCAGGAACAGGCCGCGGCGGUGGCCUAAACAAUACCCUGAGGGCGCCCGUACUAGCAGGUGUUUCCCUCCCCCCCUCCUUAGGGACUGUCGCUGGCUGCCUGGGGCGGGGUGGGCGACAGGUGCUGACACACCCGCACGGGGAGACAGAGGCUCUGCAUUGACCCACUGAGCCGUUCAAGGUGCGCAGUGCCCUCCAGGACGCAGGAGGCGCUGUGGCCGCUUUGAGACAGACAACUCUGCCCCUACGACCGGGUCAUUAAGCGCCGUUGCAGCCAUGGCCACUGCUCUAGGAUUUCGCUGCCUUUUCCGAACGCGACCUGCGCCGCUCUGUCGGCACGUCGAUCGGCUGUGGAGGAACCCGCGUCGGGGACACCGGCUUUCUCCGGCGGACGAUGAGUUAUAUCAGCGGACUCGCAUCUCUCUGCUGCAAAACGAGUUCCCUCAGGCCGUGUACAUCGACAGCUACAAUAGCAGAGGUUUCACUAUCUGCGGAAACCGCGUGUUUGGCCCUUGCGUGCUGCUCCCACAGACGGUGGUCCAGUGGAACGUGGGAUCCCAUCAGGAUAUCACCGAAGAGAGCUUCUCUCUUUUCUGGAUGCUGGAACCUAGGAUAGAGAUUGUUGUGGUGGGCACCGGAAACAAGACUGAGCGGCUGCACUCUCCGGUCCUACAGGCCAUGAGGCAGCGGGGAAUUGCUGUGGAGGUACAGGACACGCCCAAUGCCUGUGCCACUUUCAACUUCCUGUGCCACGAAGGUCGUGUGACGGGAGCUGCCCUCAUUCCCCCUCCUGGAGAGACUGCACUGGCUUCUUUGGGUCAAGCCUCGGAAUGACACAUCAGGGACUGUCAGGGAGGGCACUGCAUGCUCUCCCGGCACGUUCCCCACACUUGUCAUGCUUACCCAGGAUAAUAAUUUAUACUCCUCUUA